AGGACAGGGGAGAAAGGGUGGACAGCUCCCUGUCUAGUAGUUGUAGCUGGUUAUAGGUCUUCUUGAGGAAGCGCCGACAGACGGACAGAUGGGCGAGUUCGCAUUUUCUAAUAAAACAGCAGCACGAGCGAUGGCUUCGGCGUAGCAUUUCGUACUGUAUUUUUCAUAAAGCGGUGAAGUCGACAUUGUGAAGGUUUUAUUCUGUGCUAGUUUCGUGGUGUCCGUGUGUUGGCAUGACAUAGCAGCUACGAGCAAGAGCCGAUUCGAUUAUGGGAACAUUCAGGUUUGAGGAACCCUGAUCCGAUUGGCUCCGGCACCGCCCUACCAGGUGAUCCUACAGCGGGGGAGACGGGUAAGGAGACCCAGCCACAGCCUCCCCUGUCCAACAGUGCGUUGCACUGUGCCCACAACCAUGUCCACCCCCAGCGGCAGCCCUGAGAGAGAGGGCUCCACAGGGGGACCCAACCAGCUGGAGUGUCCCCUCUCCUCUCCCCCUGGCAUGGACCAUUCCAUGGGCAGCCCCCUGCUCAGCCCGGACUCAUCUUGCCAAGAUGCCAUGCUCUCAGCCCCCGCCGCCUCCCCCGCUGACUCGGAUUGCCUGAGCCCUGACGAGCUAGAGCUGCUGGCCAAGCUGGAGGAGCAGAACAGACUUCUGGAGGCGGACUCCAAGUCGAUGCGUUCGAUGAGCGGCUCGCGGCGGAACAGCGGCUCGUCCCUGGUGUCCAGCUCCUCUGCCUCGUCCAACCUGUCCCACCUGGAGGAGGACACCUGGAUCCUGUGGGGACGCAUCGUCAACGAGUGGGACGAAUGGAGACGCAAGAAGGACAAGCUGCUCAAGGAGCUGAUCCGUAAGGGCAUCCCACACCACUUCCGGGCCAUCGUGUGGCAGCUGCUUGGUAACGCCACAGACAUGCCAGUGAAGAACCAGUACUCUGAGCUGCUCAAGAUGUCCUCGCCCUGCGAAAAGCUCAUCCGCCGGGACAUCGCCCGCACCUACCCCGAGCAUGAGUUCUUCAAGGGCCAGGACAGCCUGGGUCAGGAGGUGCUCUUCAACGUCAUGAAGGCGUAUUCUCUGGUGGACCGGGAGGUGGGCUACUGCCAGGGCAGUGCCUUCAUCGUGGGCCUGCUGCUCAUGCAGAUGCCAGAGGAGGAGGCGUUCUGUGUGUUUGUGCGUCUGAUGCAGGAGUACCGUCUGAGGGAGCUUUUCAAACCAACCAUGGCUGAACUAGGUCUCUGUAUCUACCAGUUUGAAUACCUGCUGCAGGAGCAGCUCCCGGAGCUGAACGUCCACUUCCGUUCUCAGAGUUUCCACACCUCCAUGUACGCCUCCUCCUGGUUCCUGACUCUCUUCCUCACCUUCCUCCCCAUGCCCGUCGCCACACGCAUCUUUGAUAUCUUCAUGUACGAGGGUCUGGAGAUUAUAUUUCGUGUGGGCAUGGCCAUUCUGCAGUACAACCAGACUGACCUCAUCCAGCUGGACAUGGAGGGCAUGUCUCAGCACUUCCAGAAGGUGAUCCCCCACCAGUUUGACAGCUGCCCAGACAAGCUGAUCCUGAGGGCCUACCAGGUCAAAUACAACCCCAAGAGGAUGAAGAAGUUGGAGAAAGAGUACACCACAAUCAAGAACAAAGAGAUGGAGGAGCAGAUAGAGAUCAAGAGGUUACGCACAGAGAACAGGCUUCUGAAGCAGAGGAUUGAGACAUUGGAGAAGGGUCAGGUGACGCGGGCGCAGGAGGCGGAGGAGAACUAUGUGAUCAAGCGGGAGCUGGCGGUGGUGAGGCAGCAGUUCAGCGUGACCAGUCAGAACCUGGAGAAAGCCCAGGACACCAUCGGAGAACUGCAGCGGGAGAAGUACACAGAGCAGUUUGUAACCGGUCUGCAGACGCAGCUGGAGCAGUCCCGGCUGCAGGAGGCAGAGCUACUGGGAGCCCUCAAAGAGAUGCAGGACAAAGUACUGGACCUAGAGAAGAGGAGCAGCUCUCUGCCUGAUGAGAACAACGUGGCCCAGCUGCAGGAUGAGCUGAAGCUGGUGAAGCUCAGAGAGCUGGAGACACUGCACUCCUUCAGAGAGAUGCAGGACACGGUGACCGAGCUUAACCAGCGCUGGCAGCUCCACAUGUCAAAAGGUGGCGGGGGUCACUGGAAGGAAUCCCCCAAGAAGAAUGCCCUGAAUGAGCUGCAGGACAAGCUGAUGGGGGUGCGUCUGAGAGAGGCCCAGGCCCAGGCUGAACUCAGGGAGGUCAAACUCCAAGCCAUACAGCUGGAGAGCCAGAACCAGAUUCACAGCAAGCUGAUUGGGCGCCAUGAGGUGGAGAGCGCCGCCAUGCAGGAGAGGCUGCAGCAGCUGGCGAGCCAGAACAAGGGGCUGCAGGCCCAGCUCACCGAGAUGAAGAGGAAACAGGCCGAGCUCGACUGCAAGAGUAAAGAGGAGGUGAUGACGGUGCGCUUGCGGGAGGCUGACAGCAUGGCCGCCAUGGCUGAGCUCAGACAGAAGAUGGCUGAGCUGGAGAUACAGAAGGAGGAGGGUCUGAUCCAGGGCCAGCUGAACCACUCUGACUCCAGGCAGUAUAUCACCCAGCUUCGAGACCAGAUCGGAGAACUCAAGAAUGAGAUCAGGCAGCUCCGCGGGCAGCGCUCCAAGUUCGCUCCUAGUUCCCGGGGCGGGGGCUACCCGGAUCUGUGUCUAGCUAGCCCCUCGUCGGCCGGAGGCGACUACCUGAGCUCGGAUGAGGACCUUCUCCCCAGCCCCAUCCCCCCCAACGCCAUGUACCCCGCCCUGCCCCACCCCUCGGCCAGGCUGGACAGCGAGGGCAGCACCGACAGCGAAGCAGAGGUCCACCCGGACCACCCCCACCACGGCCCCUCGCAGCAGCUCUACACUAGCAUGGUGUGUGCUGAGGUUCUGGACAACUGAGCCAUGGAGGUCCCUGGAACUCCCUGGUCCUGACCUAGACUACUAAAGAUACUGUACUCAGUAUCUCUUUAGUAUUAGAGAUGCUGUACUCGCCCCAACUUUACUGUACUACUGUUCUCACCCUAAACUACUGUAACCUGUAACGGACAUCCUCCCCUCCUUCUUCGUGUUGGUGCCAUGGUCUCUCCUCUUUGUCAUUCUCUUCUCUCCAUUUCCCCCUUUUACUUCUCUGUUCACUCCUAUCUCUCUUCACUUAUCCCUCUUUAUCUCCCUCUAUCUCCCUCAAUCUCUUUCUCCUUUACAUUCUCACAGACCCUGUAUUCCCUAUGGGGUAGAGUCAAUUCCAGUCCUAUUCCCCUGUCUUGUCCUGUCCUUGGCAUUAGUUUCCACAUUGCACUCCGGACCUGAGUGAAGAACAGAUAACUUCAGUAUGCUCGCUCACUGUGCAGCAAGCAUAUCCUAUCCGCACAGAAAGCCGAGAAAAUAAAAGGGAUUGAAAAUAGACACAAAAAAUUGCUUUCAACUUUCAAUACUCCAACCAUACCACACAGCAGUGACUAUGAGAUGCAAAGGACAUCGCUUUGAUGAAAUGAUUCCCCUCAAGUUUGGAAGGACUUCAAUAUGGACUUGGGAUCGGUAAAAGAGGAUAUGGAUGGAUGACUUGUUGGGCUUGACCCUGCUCUUACUGUCCCGUGAGCGAGAUGUGGAACGUACUGUCUCCCUCCAUCUUUCUCUUUCCUCCUCCUUUUCUCUCUCUCUCCAUCUCUCUUUCUGUCAUUCCAUCAUUCCAAGAAGACCCAUUGGCCACCUGCACUGCCUGUUAAAAUGGAAACAACCAUCCACUGUAACCUCACAAUGCACACUUCAAAAAAAAUGAGAGCGAGAGGGAACGAAGGAAGGAUAGGGGUAGGAAAAGAGAGGAGUAUGGCAUGGACUUGUACACAUCAAUAUCAUAGGGAUGUUACUAGAUGACAUGACAUGCAUAGAUGAAUAUUAACAAUUUCCCUUACUGAAAUAUGUUUGUUGUGUGUGUCUCAAUGACUUGCAAAUGAAACAAGGCAAGCGAAUUACGAUGGCUAAUGUCAACAACAACAAAAAUCUCAACAUUGCCAAAUCUUAGGUCAUUUUUCUGCUAUUAUUUAUGUUCUUAUUUAUUUGAAUAUUUUUUUUAUAUAU